AUGUUGUCUUAUGCGGUCGCUUUGAUCGGCAUUCUCAUUGUCUUUAACAGCCCCAUCAACAACCUUCUAUUCUCCGGUGUAAACCAGAACCAAUGUCCCGGCCAGGUCCCGCAACUCCGUCGUAUCCCGCUUUCCAAACUCAACCUUAAAGAGGACCUAAUCGCAUUAGAAGGCAACUCAUCGUUACAAUGCAUGCCCCACACUCCCGCUCCUGUGGUUCAUGUCUACUCAAGGGAACCACUGGUCCUCUACAUCGAGAACUUCCUAAGUCUUGACGAGCGACAUCAUUUGCUUGACAUCAGUGAACCUCUCUUCGAACCCUCCACCACCACCAACGAUGGCGGCCAAACAACCCAUCGCAACACCACAGUCCGCGACUCCGAAGUGGCCGUGAUCCCCCGUACCGAUCGUGUACGGUGCAUCGAGAACCGCGCCCGCGAGAUCCAAGGCUGGAGGGACGACGUCUUCAUCGAGAGGCUGCGCACCCAGCGAUACCGCCAGGGCGGCCACUACAACCACCACUUCGACUGGAGCUCCAACCGGGGUGGCUGGGGCCGUGUCAGCAGCUUCAUGGUUUGGGUCGACGACGGUGAUGGUAGCAUGGUGGGCGGCGGGACUGAGUUUUCCAGGAUGAAGAGGCGGAAGGAUCCCAGAUGGUGUACUUUUGUUGAAUGUCCCGAGAAAACGGCCGACAGGGGAGAUGAACAGGGACAAACCCCCGACGACUUGGGCGUGACCUUUAAAGUCAUUCCGGGCAAUGCUGUCUAUUGGGAGAACUUCCGGUCGGAUGGUACCGGCAGAGGAUGGGAUGAGGUGUGGCAUGCUGGCUUGCCAGUCGAGAAAGGGGUUAAAGUUGGGUUGAAUAUUUGGAGCACGGGAUAUAUCGAGUAG